AUGUCUUCGGAGGCCUCGCCUGCAUUGAGCGCGCACAGCGAAGCUCGAUCCCACUUGAGCUCAGCAGUGCUUCUCGAUGCCGCUGUCGGACGAGACGAUGACAGAUCAGGCCGACGGCAUCAACGGUCAAAGUACUGGCGCUGGAAUACCGACAUCGCCAUCACAGCCACAGCUUGUUUCCCAGAUCCUGCCCAGGCCUUUGAAAAUGCUGCUUGGGAAGCGGUUGCAGACAACCUCAGGACCCGUUCUCGUUUUCGAGAUGUGUUGGGCAUCGGCGUGGCUACUUGUGUUGCACUUGCUUGUGCAUCGGAGCAAACCCGUGCCUCCUGGGCGCCGGUCUUUCUCCCUAGGCUCGUUGGCGUGGCCGUCUGGAUUGGGGGCAUCUUGCCUCUGACCUGUGUCCCGGGGCUGCAGAUUUGCUUUUCCCCCUUUGUUGGGGUGCGUGCCGGCGAGGCAACUAACCCUGGACCGAAGGGGUCCGAGGGACAGAGCGGCUUUAACAUUGACGUUGGCAGCCUUCUGGGACCCGACUUUGCAUCGUCCAUCCGUGCUUUUAUUGAGGCUGCAGUGCAAAAAGCCAUCAAGGAGGCGCUGCAGGGUCUUUCGCUUGGGGACAAGCCGGAGGCAGAGACGGAGCAGCCCGGACCGAAGCGGCGCAAGCACAAGCAUGGAAAAGCGUCAGAAGCCACACCAUCCGAUGGUACCACUGUCUCUCCGAGUGCCCCUGCUGCCCAACCUGCUCGAGGCUCGGCCGAGGUUAAAGGCAAGGCUAAAGGUGCCAAAGGUGGUGACAAGGCCACCGGCAACAGCCCUGCUGCGGGCACUGUUGGCAAGGGCCGUGGCAAGGACGUGACUAAGUCCCCUGAAAAAGGUGCAGGCCGAGGCAAAGGUGAUGGAACCAAAGGCCAAGGUCAGCCGAGAGCAGCCGAUGCCAGAGCGGCCCAUGAUUGGCAAACCGUUGACCGCCGAAAACCUUCGGCUCCUUGGUGCCUUCGGUCCUCCGACUGGAAUGCCCCGGCUCUCGACUUCAGCGAGGUUGCCACUGCCCUGGAAAAGACCACCGGUGUCUAUAAGGCUGUUGUGCUGUGCGGGCCGGGUCAGGCUGAUCUCCUCGCCACACUGCUGCUCGGAUCCAAGCGGCCUCAUGGUGUUGUUGCUGUUACCCCUGACCACCCCGAGGCCGAAGCUCGCUGCCCGGGUGCUGUUGGAAACCAGUGUGUAUUCAAGCCGGUGCAUUUCCACCACAUAAGUUCGCCUGGGGUCGACCUUCCAAGCCCCAAAGUCACGGCAGCCCGAACACAAAAAGUCGUUGCGGCCAAAACUGCAGUGCUUUAUGUGCGGAUCUACAAGAAGUAUGUGACCAAAGGAGCCUGGAAGGACGUGCUUGCAAGCCCCCAGCGGGCCUUUCACCAUUGGGUGGCACAGCACCACAUGAAGGUGCAAGACAGCUGGGGCUGGGCCAAGGAGCAGGCGCACGGUGAGGACCAUAAGGUCUAUGCACCCGAGGCCGAUGUCACGGCCUUUGUUGCCAUGAGUGGAAGGGACGGCAUCUUCAUCAACCCGCCCGGUGGACACGCGGGCUGGGCAAGCGCAUCCCGAGAGCGGCAGAUCAAGCCACACUACCAGGAUGUGGAUGCUCGAGCAUGCGCCCUGAAGGGCAUCAACUUCUUCUUUCGUGCUGCCCACACCACGGAUCAUGAUGUAGUUGCGCUCCCCUUUGCUGAUGGGGAAGACACGGAACUCAUGUGGUGCAGAUGGGCGCCGGCUGAGGAGGAGGAAACCACCGAAGGCGAUGCUGCCAUGCCUCAGUCCGCCUCGCCGGCAGCCACCCAGGACGCAACGGCAGCCAAAGAGGAAAAGGAGGUGAAGCGAGGCGCGCCCAGCAAAGGCACAGGCAUCGCUAAGCGUACAUGUACGGAGACCCGGGACCUGCCGAAGGGCCUGGAGCAGCAAAGUGCUCCCACUGACGGGAAUUGUCUCUUUCAUGCUGCCUCCUCUGCCAUUGCCCACAUCCUUAAGACAACCCCAGAGGUGCACAGUGUUUUACGUGCCAAGGUAGCGCAACACUUCAAGAAACAUGCCGAAAGGUAUGAGCUUGCCUGGGAUAAGGAGAUGCCUGACAAGAAGGCUGCUACAUCGUUCCAGGCCUACAUCUCGGCCAUGGCCGAGGUUGGCACAUGGGCAGGCCACCUUGAACUUGCUGCUUUGGGCAGAAUUUUUGACAUCAAAUUUGUCAUUUUUCCCCGAUCUCCGGACCUUGAGGUUUGUGCGGUGCAUGCUCAGCAGCGCAAACGCGUGGCGGUUCUGGCUUUUACGGGAAGCCACUACGAGUGGCUGAAGCCCACAGGCAAGCUGCCUCAGGAGCUGUGCGAUGUCACCACGGCUCCCCCAAAGGUGCCAAUGCGACGAGGAGGAGGCGGCAAGGCUUCAUCACACGCAUCCAGUGCCGCUGCCUCACGCCGGUCAGUUUGGACCCAGGCCAGUGACGGCAUCGAGGACAACGUGUCCACUUGGACCUCAGCCAGGCUCACUGUCAGCUCGAGCAAGGCAUCGGUCUGGACACAAGGCAUUUCCGCUGUUGAUGCCCUUGCAAAUUUCAUGGAUAGCCACUGCUUGCAGGUCUGCACGGUGGCCGAGGCCGAUAUCAAUGUCGGAGAGGAAGUCGCGCAAAUCCUCAUUGCAGCCUUCUACGGCCAAUCUGGCAAUGCACCGGCAGCCUCUGCCCAGGCGGAAGACAUUUUGGCGAUUUGUUGCCACAGCCAGCUGCCUUUCAUAGUCGCCGGUGAUUUUAAUUUGGAGCCUACCGAAGCAAUUGUUGGUGAAGCCAGGGCACGCGGGGUUGUUAAUUCCCUCGAUGAUGCAUCCAAUGGUGCCCCUCUUCCCGCCACGGGGCCGGGCCGGCGACGACGCAUUGACUAUGGCCUGUGUCAUUGGUCCUUAGCUGCCGAUGCCAUCACUAAUUUUGAGCCCGCCUUCUCGGACCAUGCCUCCGUCUGUUACAACAUCCCGCUCGACGUCCCGGCCUUCCACGUUGGCCCAAGGCGUCGUGUCAUGCAUGAACAGCCCACCAGGAGGUUGCAGCCAGUUGCAGCUACAUUUGAGCAGAUUGAUUCUACGCCUUUCCAGCAGGCGAUCGAGGCCCAUGAUGUCGAUAAGGCAUGGGAGGUUAUGUCUGAUUGGGCCGAGGCUUGCCUGAGCUCUGCCACCCCCGGGGCUGUCCCACGCAAAAGUCCAUGGAUGCCCCGUCGCCUGGAGCACCAAGUGCACCCUGCUGUUCAUGGAUCGGCCACCGUUAAAACCUUGGCCAAGCUCCAGCGGCAAAUCGCUGUGGUUGCCGGGACGGGUGAUCCUCAGACAGCGCAAAAGGUUGUGCGGUCACUUCCUCGAGCCCGCCGUCUCGUGCCUGACCUCCCGUGGGUUCGCGAUUCUGACUUCAGGGAUUUGGGCACUUUUGUUGACAACCGUUUGCUGGAGUGCCAGAGCCAAGAAGCACAGGCAAUCCGCGAUCAAUGGAAGACCUUGCUCCGCGAGGACACCGGCCGCCAGCGUACUUUUGUUAAAUCGCGGGCUGAGGCCCAACUUGAGUUUGAAAAACGGCCGCCCGAUGCUGAUGCCGCUGCCUCUGCCGGCCCUGUGCACCCGUCAGUUGUGGUCCGUGAGCAAACCCAGGCCUGGAUUCAAAAGUGGCAAGCCGAGCCACAACCGAGGCAUGAGGCGAUUGACCAAGUCUUACAAAAGGUCCCGACGAUCCCCCGGGCUGAGCUCAAGUUGACUUUUGAGGCUGAGGGCCUUAAGUCCCUUGCGGCUGCCAUGGCGGAUAAAGCUUCAGGUCCUGAUGGCUGGAGUGGCCGCGACUGCUCGGCUCUGGCAGCAUGUCUGGGAUCAUGGCACCGUGCCGAUCCUCUGGAGAACGGCCAAGGUAGUCCUGCUUCGAAAGAAAGGAGGCCCGGCAACAAGACCAAUAACCCUCACCCAGUUGAUCUGGAGAGUGGGGGCGAAAUACGUUGCUCGAGCACUCCGCCUGUGGUCACCUGA